AUGAUUUCACUACAUGGGUCUCACUCUCUUUCCAAAGACAUGGACGGUGACAAUCAGACGAUCACUACAGAAUUCCUCCUCCUGGGACUCUCUGAAGAGUCAGACCAAGAAGAGGUUGUCUUUGGGCUGUUCUUGGGGAUGUACAUGGUCACCAUCUCUGGGAACCUUCUCAUCAUCCUGGCCAUCAGCUGUGAUCCUCAUCUCCACACACCCAUGUACUUCUUCCUGGCCAACCUCUCCACUGUUGACAUCUGCUUUUCCUCAGUCACCAUCCCCAAGGCGCUGGUGAAUCACAUGGUGGGAAGCAAGUCCAUCUCUUACAUGGAGUGUAUGGCCCAGAUGUACUUUAUGCUCGCAUUCGGCAACAUGGACAGCUUCCUGCUGAGUGUGAUGGCCUAUGACCGCUAUGUGGCCAUUUGUCACCCACUCCACUACACCCUGAUGAUGAGGCCCAGGCUCUGUGUCCUCCUGGUGGCCAUAUCAUGGGUCAUCACAAACCUGCAUGCUCUCUUGCACACUCUGCUCAUGGUUCGGCUCACCUUCUGUUCCCACAAUGCAGUGCACCACUUCUUCUGUGACCCCUACCCUAUCCUGAAGCUCUCUUGUGCUGACACCUUUAUCAAUGACAUCACAGCCUUCACUGAGGGUGCAGUGGUAUUUCUGGUGCCGUUUGUCUGUGUUGUUAUUUCCUAUGUUUAUAUUUUCUCCAAUGUCCUGAAGAAGCCCUCUGCCCAUGGAAUAAGGAAAGCCCUGUCCACAUGCGGGUCUCACCUCACUGUGGUCUGCCUCUUCUACGGGGCAAUCCUAGGAGUUUAUAUGCACCCUUCUUCCUCCUACUCACCACAGGAUGCAGUGGCCUCUGUCAUCUUCACAGUGGUCACUCCCAUGGCUAACCCCUUCCUCUACAGUCUGAGGAAUCGUGACAUGAAAGCAGCCCUAAGGAAGAUAAUUCUCAGAUCCUAGAAUUUGAAAUUUCUAGAGCUGAGAAGAUCCAAUCUCUUGGAUAGGCAAAGCCCUGAGACCACACACCCUGGAAUGUCUUUUUCUUCUGCUGUGCCUUUACAUGUUCGCUGCGGCUAUGGUUCUCUGGUAUCUGUCAUGGUGUGAAUGGGUGUGGGGAGAUCCCCACUGCUUGUAAUGAAAACCCCAGAAACAAUCUGAAGUUCACAAGGACACAUAGAUGAGGUUAAAAAAAAAUACAAAGCAGCCUGAAUGUUACCAGCUGACAUAUUUUCCCUGCUAGGAUUGUUUGAUGAUCAAAGGUGAUGUUUAAUUCCUGCCCUCAAUCUCUUAAUAUAAAACUAUUGAUGAGUGGGUAUGCACCCUAAAGAUUUAAAGAACAGCUGACUGGUUUUUUUAACGUAUAAAAGUUAAGGUUUGUGAUUCC